AUGGGCUCGAGGCGCGUGCCCGGGCUCUGCCUGCUAGUCCUACUGGUCCACGCCCGCGCCGCCCAACACAGCAAAGCUGCGCAAGAUGUGGACGAGUGUGUGGAGGGGACUGACAACUGUCACAUCGAUGCCAUCUGCCAGAACACCCCGCGGUCCUACAAAUGCAUCUGCAAGUCCGGCUACACGGGAGAUGGCAAACACUGCAAAGACGUGGAUGAGUGUGAGCGGGAGGACAAUGCAGGUUGCGUGCAUGACUGCGUCAACAUCCCUGGUAAUUACCGAUGCACCUGCUACGACGGAUUCCACCUGGCACAUGAUGGACACAACUGUCUGGACGUGGACGAGUGUGCCGAGGGUAACGGUGGCUGCCAGCAGAGCUGCGUCAACAUGAUGGGCAGCUAUGAGUGCCACUGCCGGGAAGGCUUCUUCCUCAGCGACAACCAGCAUACCUGCAUCCAGCGGCCGGAAGAAGGAAUGAACUGCAUGAACAAGAAUCACGGCUGUGCCCACAUCUGCCGCGAGACCCCUAAGGGGGGAAUCGCAUGUGAAUGCCGCCCUGGCUUCGAGCUCACCAAGAAUCAACGGGAUUGUAAAUUGACGUGCAACUAUGGCAAUGGUGGCUGCCAGCACACAUGCGAUGACACAGAGCAGGGGCCCCGGUGCGGCUGCCAUGUCAAGUUUGUGCUCCACACGGACGGGAAGACAUGCAUCGGGGAAAGGCGGCUAGAGCAGCACAUCCCCACUCAGGCCGUUUCUAAUGAGACCUGUGCUGUCAACAAUGGGGGCUGCGACAGUAAGUGCCACGAUGCAGCCACCGGUGUGCACUGCAGCUGCCCUGUGGGCUUCAUGCUGCAGCCAGACAGGAAGACCUGCAAAGACAUAGACGAGUGCCGCCUGAACAAUGGAGGCUGUGACCACAUUUGCCGCAACACAGUGGGCAGCUUUGAAUGCAGCUGCAAGAAGGGCUAUAAGCUUCUCAUCAAUGAGAGAAACUGCCAGGAUAUAGACGAGUGUUCCUUUGAUCGCACCUGUGACCACAUAUGCGUCAACACACCAGGAAGCUUCCAGUGUCUCUGCCAUCGUGGCUACCUGCUGUAUGGUGUCACUCACUGUGGGGAUGUGGAUGAAUGCAGCAUCAACCGAGGAGGAUGCCGCUUUGGCUGCAUCAACACUCCUGGCAGCUACCAGUGUACCUGCCCAGCAGGCCAUGGCCGGCUGCACUGGAACGGCAAGGAUUGCACAGAGCCAGUGAAGUGUCAGGGCAGUCCUGGGGCCUCGAAAGCCAUGCUCAGUUGCAACCGGUCCGGCAAGAAGGACACCUGUGCCCUGACCUGCCCCUCCCGGGCCCGGUUUUUGCCAGAGUCUGAGAAUGGCUUCACAGUGAGCUGCGGCACUCCCAGCCCCAGGGCUGCUCCAGCCCGAGCCAGCCAACACGGGAACAGCACAAACUCCAACCAAUGCCAUGAGACUGCAGUGCUGUCAGUUAAACAGCGGGCUUCCUUCAAGAUCAAGGACGCCAAAUGCCGUUUGCACCUGCGCAACAAAGGCAAAAUGGAGGAAGCUGGCAGAAUUCCAGGGCCAGGUGGUGCCCCCUGCUCUGACUGCCAGGUUACCUUCAUCCACCUCAAGUGUGACUCCUCUCGGAAGGGCAAGGGCCGGCGAGCCCGGACCCCUCCAGGCAAGGAGGUCACCCGGCUCACCCUGGAACUGGAGGCAGAGGUCAGAGCCGAAGAAAUCACAGCGGGCUGCGGGCUGCCCUGCCUCCGGCAGCGGAUGGAACGUCGACUGAAAGGGUCCUUGAAGAUGCUCAGAAAGUCCAUCAACCAGGAUCGCUUCCUGCUACGCCUGGCAGGCCUUGACUAUGAGCUGGCCCACAAGCCAGGCCCAGCACCCGGGGAACGAGCAGAGUUGGUGGAGGCCUGUAGGCCUGGGCAGCACCGUUCUGGGGCCAAGUGUGUCAGCUGCCCGCAGGGAACGUAUUACCACGGCCAGACGGAGCAGUGUGUGCCAUGCCCAGCGGGCACCUUCCAGGAGAGAGAAGGGCAACUCUCCUGCGACCUUUGCCCUGGAAGUGAUGCCCACGGGCCUCUUGGAGCCACCAACAUCACUACGUGUGCAGGUCAGUGCCCACCUGGCCAACACUCCACAGAUGGGUUCAAACCCUGCCAGCUGUGCCCACGUGGCACCUACCAACCUGAAGCAGGUCGGACCCUGUGCUUCCCAUGUGGCGGGGGCCUGACCACCAAGCAUGAGGGGGCCAUCUCCUUCCAGGACUGUGACACCAAAGUCCAGUGCUCCCCAGGGCACUACUACAACACCAGCAUCCACCGCUGUAUCCGCUGUGCCAUGGGCUCCUAUCAGCCGGACUUCCGUCAGAACUUCUGCACUCGCUGUCCAGGAAAUACAAGCACUGACUUUGAUGGCUCUACCAGUGUGGCCCAGUGCAAGAAUCGCCAGUGUGGUGGGGAGCUAGGUGAGUUCACUGGCUAUAUCGAGUCCCCAAACUACCCGGGCAACUACCCAGCCGGCGUGGAGUGCAUCUGGAACAUCAACCCCCCACCCAAGCGCAAGAUCCUUAUCGUGGUACCUGAGAUCUUCCUGCCAUCUGAGGACGAGUGUGGGGACGUCCUCGUCAUGAGAAAGAACUCCUCCCCAUCCUCCAUUACCACUUACGAGACUUGCCAGACCUACGAACGCCCCAUCGCCUUCACGGCCCGAUCCAGGAAGCUCUGGAUCAACUUCAAGACCAGCGAGGCCAACAGCGCCCGCGGCUUCCAGAUCCCCUAUGUUACCUACGAUGAGGACUACGAGCAGCUAGUAGAAGACAUUGUGCGAGAUGGCCGGCUCUAUGCCUCUGAAAACCACCAGGAGAUUUUAAAGGACAAGAAGCUCAUCAAGGCCUUCUUUGAGGUGCUGGCCCACCCCCAGAACUACUUCAAGUACACAGAGAAACACAAGGAGAUGCUGCCAAAAUCUUUCAUCAAGCUGCUCCGCUCCAAAGUUUCCAGCUUCCUGAGGCCUUACAAAUAGUGCCCCUAAAUCCAGGGAUCCAGGUUUUGAAGCCCCCAGACUCCUCAGCCCUCAGAGCUGGCAGCCCCCACCCCCAGACAAGGAACCCUCCCCUCUCUCUUUGGAGAAAAAAACGUAUCACUACACAGACCAGGCACUCUCCUUCUCUUCGUUUCCUUUCUCUCUCCCUUUCUUCACUGUUCUCGUUUGUCCUACGUGCUCCCUGAAAAGGCUAUUCAGUGCUGGCUUUAUUCCCCCGUAGGGGUGAAGGAACAGUACAGCUCAUAUCCCUGGGCCCAGCAGCUUGGAAGGAAGUGAGCCUAGUUGAGUACGGGGAAGGCAAAGAGGGGCUUCUGCCAUUACAGGGUUGUGCCUUGCUAGUUGGGAGCCCAACUGUCCCCUGACUGUGCUCCCUAGGUUUACUCUAGCAGCCCAGGGUCCUGCCAAAGAAACCUUCGGCUUCCAAGCUUAAUGCCACUAGCAGUCCUCUGGGGGCACAUGGCUUGUGUCCUAGAUCACCUACGUGGCUGGCUUUCUUAUCUAUACAAUCCUUUCCUUCUUCCCUCCAUGUCUUUGCCCAAGGUCCCCUCCAUAAGGAUUUACAAGUGGCCCACGUCGCUGGGCUAGUGGACACAAGCCAGAUGAGGAAAGCGACAGGAAUUACCAUGCUGGAUGUGCCACGGUGGCUCCCUGAGAGAAAGACUAUGGCUCUGCAGGACAGAUACCAGGUUCUCAAGUAUCACUGAAAAAUUUGAAACAGAAAGAAAACAUAUUAUCUAAAGGAUGAGACUAGAGAACAACUGGAAGCCAGCCUCAAACACGAAUGCCUUUUCUUACUUGUCUUCCCUGGCCCAGCUAUCCCCUCAGCCCCACACGAGUGCUCCCUGGGGGAGCCCUUCUCCCCUUGCUGAAUGUCCCUAAAGAAGUGUGGCUGUUGACCUGAAGCCAGCUGGGCCUCACCCAACAGUUGUCUUUCCCUUUGUAGCCCCAGGUGGCUUGUGGGCUCCACCAAAGAGGACCCCCGCUCUGCAGCCAGCCUGGAGCCACCUACCUCUGGCCUCAGGCUGUGGGCAACAAGAGGAGUACGUGUGCACCCGGCAAGCCUCCUGCCCACCCUGUCCACAUCUAAUAAGUGCAAUCAUUUUGAGUCUAUGUUGUCUAGAGGGAGGAGUUUUUGUCUUCUGGUAUUGUUUUGUUUUGUUUUUUGUUUCUUUUUCUUCAAUUAGAACAACCCUAUUUAUAGCUGCCCAGGAGUGAAGACUGUAUGUUUGGAGUGGAAGAAUAUCAAUUUUGAAUCUCAUGAACCUUGAGUGCUGGAGCAUGUCUGUCUCUAUUCCAGUAGCGGCCACCCAGACCUCCAGGGCCCUCAGCUGGGGGAACCCCAGGGCUGGAACUCAGAGGUAUCUGAUGUGUAGGAUGGGGAUUCUGGCAACCUGAUGGAGCAUUAGGAGAGGAGCAUGCGUUUGUUAAGCGUAUGCUGCCAUCACUAUGCCUCUCCAUGGACUCAGCACAGACCUUCUGAUUACUGAGGCCAAUGGAAUGAGUCAGUGAGUCUCUACCCCAAAUAGGGAACACCUGCACCUCUUCCCUGUCUUCAUCCUAUUUUCUGCUGGUGUGUACAUGGAAGAGGACCAGGACAAACCACCUGGGAAUGGGCUGACUCCAUCCUGAGGCCAGAGACAAGGCUUGGGAGCCAAGAAUACGACACAAAGUUGGCAAGGGCACCAGAUAUUUGCCUGACCCUGGCCGUUUCCCUCUCAAAGAUCACUUCAAGCCUAGCUUUCGCGACUACUGUUUUGCAAAAGAAGAAUUGAGUGCAUGAUGAGGCCCAGAUCUUAAACACACCCUGCCCUCAUUCCAGCUGCUGCCUGUAAGAUUAUUUUCUAUUUGCUCUUUCUAGUUUCCCCAAAGCUGUAGUCCUAAUCUGAGGUUACCAACAGACCCUUCAGGCCUAUUUCUAGGUGACUGCCCCAACCUAUUGUUCUCCUAGGAAACUUAACUAAUUAGAGGAGCCUGAUGCCCAUCCUUUACUCAUGGACCAAAACUGCUUUAGCAGUGAGUAGCACUGACACCACUAGAUCCCCUGACACCUGUUAGCCAAUACUGCAGCUCUUGGUGGAGUGUCUGGCUGUCUUUGUCUCCCUGGGUCAGAGGGCCACUGUAAAGGUGCAAAACGAGUUUUCCAAGCAGUGGAAAUAGAAAGUGCCAUAAAGACUGUUUUAGUUGCCUUUGACCAUCUUAGAAUUACCUUCUGAUUCCAUUUCCCCUGCCACUUUGUCUCUCAGAAAGCCAAAAUUGCUUCUUUGUGUAUGCCUUCAGGGUCUGAUGGCUCCCUUCCUUUCCUGUCAUGUCAUACAUAUACAUACAUAUACUUCCUCCAGCCAUUUAUUCCAUGGUUUAAGGGACACAAACGAGUUGCACAGUCUGGAAAGUGUAGACCACUAGGCUUCUUGGUGAGCAGGUCAAGACCUGCUAUUGUCCACCAAGUUUAAUUUAGAUUUUCCCGAGUUAGGGGUUCAGAACCCAGGCAAAGCUACUGCUGAACCUAUGGAGGGGGCUGGACCUGGGGCAUCCAACUAGGGGUUAAGUGGACUGAAUGAGGAGUCGACACUCAGGGACUCUCUAGGCCUUUACAGGUCAGACAGAAAAGAGGUUUUUUUUUUUGUUUGUUUUUGUUUUUUUUAUUACCAAUGGAGGGAAACAGGAAGAUGGUGUAAAUAGCAAACAUUCAUGAACCAACCCAGAGGCCUCUCUGCAGGGUGGGGUGCUUGCAGGGCCAUGGUAUUAUGAGUUAUUCAUCUUAAUAGAAAACCUGCUCGGAUCUGCAUCGGGGAAUGGGAAGCUGUUCUCAUGAAGCACAAAGUGACUGCAUACCAGAAAGGCACUUAUCUCCCCAGCAACAUGGCAAUCCCUCUUUACUUCUCCGCCCCCCUUUCCCAUAUUAUCAGGCUAGGCCCAUUCCCGAUUUAAGACUUAAGAGAACUCUCAGAGUCAGGAGAAAACUGAUCCGAGCCUGGACAUAAGCUGCCCAUCCCAAGCAUAGAAAUCCCCAAAUGCUCGACCUUGAGCUGUGACUGCUCUGACUUCCCCCGGAGUUUGGUCAGUUUGAGAUGGUGGAGACCCAGAUUUAUGGCUGUAGGUUCAGUAGUACAGUCCUCAUCUUUGGCCCUAAUGAACGUUGUGUGCCUGAGAAGUGUUCUCCAUUUGCAUGUUCAAGGUGAUUCUGGAAUGGAUUAGGAGGUCCCAUCUCAAAAUGUUAAAGAGCAUUCAAAUUUUUAUAUUUGCUACCUAACCUCAAUACAACAGCUUAAAUGGAGAACAGUGGCAAAGUAUAACUGACCAUAAGCAGAAAAUGUUACCUUGCCUGGCUUCUUUCUUAAGCACCGUAAAAGAAAAAUGAAGCAAACAAAAAAAGUGUAUCUUUAAAUGUGACCUGUCUCAAAGGUAGCAUACCCUGUCCUUGGGCCACUAUUUGGACUAGGAAUUCUUUAAGAAAAUAUAUGAUUAGAGGGAAUAGAAGCCCCAGUUGUUAUAAGCUUAUCUAAACAACACAGAUUGUAGCAGUUUGAACAAACUGAAAACUUUAUUCUUCUGUGUGAGUUCAACCGAAGUUUCAGAGAAUCAUCAUCAUCAUGUGGGAGGCUUUUUUUUUUUAAGCAGAAGAAAAUUCAAAAUAUUGUAUUUUUAUCAGCCUUCCACUGCUGCCAAUAUAGUAAACACCUCCUACACAAUCAACAAUAAACAUCAAAUGAUGCAGUUCAUAGAGUAUUUUGCACUUGGGGAAAAGUAUGUAUCUGAACUUGUAAAAAGAAAU